CUAGACUUAGAAACCUCUGAUAAAGCAUACAGAGUUCUGAAGAAAGCUGUUGCAUGGUUCCCAGACCAGUGGGAUCUUCCGAGGCUCAAAGGAAAAAUCCUCCUACUUCAAAGGCAAAACCUCUGCCUAUAACCCAGCAGGGUCGCUGGAGAUAAUAACAGCAGAAGACCCGCGCAGCCUAGCAACAUCUCGAUCUCCCGGGGCGCACAGAGGCAAGGCGACGGCUCAGAAAAUGGCUCUAGAUAUUGUCAGCGUGGCCCCUCUCUACCAGGGCCCCGACAUCAACAGAAUGAGGCUGACGGCAGAGCUAUCCCAGAAGCCAGCCUCCCUGCUAAAACCUUUGGUCCCCUCGAAGUCCAAACUCACCACCAUUGAGACCAAGAGGAUCAUGUCCGUCCUGGAUGAGACCAUCCACAAGGUGGAGUUGGUGACCCUGCUGUCCUAUAUGGGGGCCAAUUACGAGACUCUGGAGAAGAUGCUUGGGGGGGACAUCAUAAAGGCCGUGAGAGAGCACGAAGAUCUCUGCCACACCCUCCUGGACAGCAUCAUUUACCUGCAGGAUAAAGAAAGGCGAUUGCAGGAGGAGGAAGAGUAUGAGGAGGAAGGGUUGUUCAGAAACCGCCUCUUCUCCUUAGAGCUGCAGAAAUCCCACCUCCUGCCCUUGAUGCUCCAGAUCAAAGAAUCCACUAAGGACAUCCUGAGACUCUUACUCAAUAACCCACAGGCUGCGAGCCUCGCGCAGACGCACACCCUGAGCAGAAGCGUCGAAGCGCAGAAUUUCAUUGAUUGCCUGAUGGAACUGCGGGGUUUCCUGUUCGAGAAGCUACUCACUAGUCCUAUGGAAGCUAGAGACAGAAGUCAGUUUAUACAGGACAUCGACAGACGAAACAAGAGGAACCAAGAAAUCAUCAACACUCUUGAAAAUGAGUUGGCGGCAAUCAUGCGGAACAGGGAAGCAGAGGUGGAGAAAGAGAACUUUGUGAUCCAAGAACUGAAAAACCACCUGCACCAGGUGCUCAGGCUCUCGGAGAACAGCCUCCUUCGCACCAAGCAGGAGGCCGAGAAGCAGCAGAAGGCCGACUUCCGGGCCUCGCAGGCCAGGGUGGCCAAGAUCCAGCAGGAGUUACUGACCCUGAGGUCUCAAUACCACAACCUGGUGGCAGAAAACCGGGAGGCAGAGCAGGCGCUGCGGAAGAAGAAAUAUAAAGUGGAGACGGAAAUCGAAAACUGGAUCCAGAAGUACGAUAUGGAGAUGGGUGAGAAGCAGGUAGAGUACGAGGAGCUUGACCUCAUCCACAAGGAGGAGAAGAUCCAGCUGGAGGAGCUGAAGCAGAAGCACAAUGUACUGGUGGAGGAGUUCUCCCAGAUCCGGGCCGAGCAGGAGGUCAAUGCCAAGAAGAGAAUCGAGGCCGAGCAGGAGAUGCUGCGCAUGGUGCGGGCCGCCACGCUCAUCCAGGCUUUGUGGAAGGGCUACCUGGUCCGCUCCAUGCUCAAGUCCAGGAAGAAGAAGCGGAGCAAGAGCAAAGGGAAGGUCAGGAAGGGCAAGGGCAAGGGCAAGGGCAAGGAGAAGGGCAAGGGCAAGAAAUGAGUCUCCCCUGGGCCUCGCUCCUGGCCCGUGCUGCUGCGCUGCUCACUUCCCGGAGAGCAGGUCAGGAGGGCACAAGGAACGGGGGAAGCUUGCCAUUCCUGGCUUGAAUGGUCCUCCAAAGUUAAAAGCCAUUUUAAACCACAUCUUCUAUAAAUAAACGUCACUUUGCCAGGGCU